CGUGCCGGAGACGAGCCGCGGUCGACGCCAUCUCCAGGCGCCCGGCUGGUGGGGCGCUGGGUGUGGGGCGGCUCCGGGGCCGGGGAUGGCGGCGGCCGCGGUGGCCGCGGCUCCGGGACGAGCGGGAGGAACCAAAGGAGCUCUGUGAGAUGGGCCGGCUCCCGAGUCAACCGGGAGGACACUUAGCACAGCUGCUCAGAAGCACCAUCAGAAGCUCAGCAGAUGUGGGCACCCCAGCCAGCAGCAGAGAGGGGUACAGGGAAGCCACUGAGAAGUCCCUUCUGAUGCCCCAAGGAGCAAGCCAAGCCCAUCCAGGCUCCAGGAACACCAUAAAGCAAUAUGAAACCUGUUCAUGAGCGGAGUCAGGAAUGUCUUCCACCAAAGAAACGAGACCUCCCCGUGACCAGCGAGGAUAUGGGGAGAACUACCAGCUGCUCCACAAACCACACACCCUCCAGUGAUGCUUCUGAAUGGUCCCGAGGGGUCGUGGUGGCUGGACAGAGCCAGACUGGAACCAGAGUCAGCCUGGGGGGUGAUGGAGCUGAGGCCAUUACUGGUCUGACAGUAGAUCAGUAUGGCAUGCUGUAUAAGGUGGCUGUGCCACCUGCCACCUUCUCACCAACUGGCCUCCCAUCUGUUGUGAACAUGAGCCCCUUACCCCCCACGUUUAAUGUAGCGUCUUCACUGAUUCAGCAUCCAGGAAUCCACUAUCCCCCAGUCCACUAUGCUCAGCUCCCUUCCACCUCACUGCAGUUUAUCGGGUCUCCUUAUAGCCUGCCCUAUGCUGUGCCACCUAAUUUCCUACCAAGUCCCCUCCUUUCUCCUUCUGCCAACCUUGCCACCUCUCAUCUUCCACACUUUGUGCCAUAUGCCUCGCUCCUAGCAGACGAAGCCACUCCUCCCCCCCAGGCUGCAUCUCCAGCCCACCCAUUUAACAAAGCCUCUUCUGCCACCUCCCCACCCGGCCAGUUGCCACAUCACUCAAAUACUCAACCACUGGAUCUUGCUCCAGGCCGGAUGCCCAUUUAUUAUCAAAUGUCUAGGCUACCUGCUGGAUAUACCUUGCAUGAAACUCCAACAGCAGGUGCCAGCACAAUUCUUACCCCUCAGGAGGGCCAGUCUGCUCUGGAAGCAACUGCUGCCAAUGGAGGACAGAGACAGCGAGAGCGAAAUUUAGUAAGGCGGGAGAAUGAAACUCUUGACUCCUCCAGCAGCAAGGGUGAAGGCCAAGGACUGGUGCCAGUGGUGGAAUGUGUGGUGGAUGGACAGUUGUUUUCAGGUUCUCAGACUCCACGAGUGGAGGUGGCGGCACCAGCACACCGAGGGACCCCAGACACCGACCUUGAGGUCCAGCGGGUAGUUGGCGCUUUAGCUUCUCAGGACUAUCGUGUGGCAGCAGCUCAGAGGAAAGAUGAACCCAGCCCUCUUAACCUAUCCCAUCAUACCCUUGACCAUCAGGGUGAGGGACGAGGGUCAGCUAGGAAUCCUACAGAACUGGCAGAAAAAAAUCAGGCCCGUGGGUUCUACCCUCAGUCCCAUCAGGAACCAGUAAAACACAGACCCUUACCCAAAGCAAUGGUUGUAGCCAAUGGCAACCUGGUGCCCACUGGAACUGACCCAAGUUUGCUGCCUGUGGGCUCGGAGAUCCUGGUGGCAUCAAGUCUGGACAUGCAGGCCAGAGCCACCUUCCCAGACAAGGAGCCAACUCCACCUCCCAUUACCUCCUCCCACUUGCCCUCCCAUUUCAUGAAAGGCGCCAUCAUUCAGCUGGCUACAGGGGAGCUGAAGCGGGUGGAGGACCUCCAGACCCAGGAUUUUGUGCGCAGUGCCGAAGUGAGUGGGGGACUGAAGAUUGACUCUAGCACGGUUGUAGACAUUCAGGAGAGCCAGUGGCCUGGAUUUGUCAUGCUCCAUUUUGUGGUUGGUGAGCAGCAGAGCAAAGUGAGCAUCGAGGUGCCCCCUGAGCACCCCUUUUUUGUAUAUGGUCAGGGCUGGUCCUCCUGCAGCCCUGGGCGGACUGCACAACUCUUCUCUCUGCCCUGCCAUCGGCUACAGGUGGGAGAUGUCUGCAUCUCUAUCAGUUUACAGAGCUUGAACAGUAACUCAGUUUCUCAGGCCAGCUGCGCUCCCCCAGGCCAGCCGGGUACUCCCCGAGAAAGGCCUGAGAGGACGGUCUUGGGGCCCAGAGACCUAUGUGACAGCGAGGGGAAGAGCCAACCUGCAGGAGAGGGCUCCCGGGUGGCAGAGCCCUCCCAGCCUGAGCCUGGUGCUCAGGCCUCCUGGCCAGCCCCAAGCUUCCAAAGAUACAGCAUACAAGGGGAGGAGGCACGGGCUGCGUUGCUCCGUCCCUCUUUCAUUCCACAGGAGGUAAAGCUGUCCAUCGAAGGGCGUUCCAAUGCAGGAAAAUGAACCUCUUUCCCAGCCCAGGACUGGGGCUUUGGCCCCAGAGGUGAGCCUCACCAGGAACAGCCAGAGGAUUUGCACAUGCCUAGCAGAGAAUGGCUCUCUUGGCAGUGAGAUUCGGGGGAAAUGGGAGGAAUGAAGGCAGCCUCCCAAGGGAGGAUCUGUUCAUUACCCCUUGGUGUCCUCUCAGGACAGCCCUAGGGGCUACUGAGAUGGGGAACAGCAGGCCUGGGGCAGGAAAGGGUGGAGGUGCACACAGGACCAGAAACAUUCCAAAAUCAGGGCCUCCCUGUUUUUUCCUCCUCAUCCCUGGCUCCUGCAAGGAAAAGUACAGGCUUUGGGAGCAGGUGGCAGAGGGAGGGCGUAAAGAGCGAGCCAAAAAUGAUGAUCCACAGCUUAUAGUAGCAGUAAGACUUUUUGUUUUUUCCUUUUCUUUUUUUGUGGUGGGAGGGCAGGAGGCCCAUUGGUUGGAAAUAAGAGGGUUCCUACCCAGAACCCUUCUUGUGAGAGAUGUGCACUUUAAAGGGUGAUUUUGUUACAGAUGUUUAUGGCUGGGUUUGUUGGGGAGGAGCACCAUCAUAUACAGGACUCUUGCUUGAUCCUUUGCUUCUGCCUGUUCCUAUCCUCACCAUUCCUCUGUACAGCUUUCCAGCAGCUUGUGGGCCAGGAGAGAAGCCCCUUCAGGAUUGAGAAUGAAGGACUGCCUGGGGACUUUGGGGGAAAGACCUGACUGCUAGAUAACUGGGCCCUAAGCAAGGCUUUUGGAAAACCUAACAAAAGUUCCUCCUACUCAAUGUGCCAGGCCUGCUUUGAAAUGGUCUUGAAUCUCUAGUGGUAAUAGUGACUUUGGGGAGAACUUCAGCCCUUUUUUCCCCAGGCACCUACACUCCUCCAUUGUCUGUCAAUGUUGUGCCUAAGUGCCUGCGCUGCUCCCCACCCUUCUGCUGCCCUGACCUCUGCAUGGUGUCUUGACCUUGGCCUCAUUUGUAGCUGCACUGCCUUUGUCUGUUCUAAGACCUCUAGUUUUUGGUGUUAUAGGGGGUCUCUGGUUUCCCUAUCAGCUAUAAUUUUUAUUUUUAAAAACUCAGAAUCAUGUCCACUCUUCCACUGGCAGCAAUGUGGUAGAGAAGGAAGAAAGGAGCCAUGCCCUGGGCUGGGCAUUUCCCAUUCUGGUGUUUUAUACAGCCCCCUCCAUCUUAAUCCACUGCCUCUCUUAGCAUGCAGACAUCUCCAAGCUGUCCCCUCCCGCCACCAGCCCCAAGAGUCUAGAAUAGUCCUCGUAACAUUUCAGUACCUGAAGUAUGUUUCAUUUUGUGGCGGUGUAUUCCUCUGCAAAGAGUAUUUUCAGUCUUGGUUGCAUUUGCUUCCAUAUGUCUUACACCCACGUAUUUCCCACCACUUUCAGUGUCAGCUUGGACUGUGGGAUUCCACUGGGUAUUAAGAUUUAAGUUCCCCCCACCAGCUUUCAGGUGGUUGAAUAGUUUUUUGUGUGGGUUACUGGGGAGGGGGGUGGUUCUUUACAUUCUUGAAGGCAACUCAGGGUAUUGUCCACCCAACUCUGGUUAGACUUCUCCCAGGGUGUGAUUGUGGAAGAUCCUUCGUAGAUAUACUUGGACUGGCCAAGGCUUGGCCUGUCAUCAGGAAUCCCACACUUGAGAGGUCUGAGCUCUACUCUGUCAAAGACUUAAGGCAAGUCUUGUGAUCUCUCUUUCACUUCCUCCCCAGCUGCCAAAUGGGGAUAAAUAAUCUUACCUACCUCCUGGGGGGGAGGGGAUAUUCUGAGAAUGGAGUCAUUCUUAGUGUUCAGGUGCUAAAGGUUGUUCCCCUGGGGAACAGAGUGACCGAAACUGGCUUGUUUGCUACAAGCUCUACACUCCACUGUUUCUUACCUUGAGAGGAGAUACCCAGUCAGUGACUUGGGGUGGGGGUGGAGGGCAUCUAAAGGAAGCUGCUUACCUGACCUCAAGUACUUCAGUCUCUGAUUCAUGUCAGAAUCAAGCAUCAACCUUAUACUGCAUUUGAGAUCGUGUCCUUUCCUUUCUCUGGCCCCCAUUCUCUGAAUGCUGCUUCUCUGGCUUGUUUCCUACAGUGGGGUCUGCAGAAUUGAGCCUUGAAGAAUUCCCUCAGGUGAGAGCUUUGGGAGAAGCCCUCAUCUCUGGGUGUUUCAUGAGCAACUCAUUCCUAGGGAUUACUGCAUGCAUGGGCUUCUCACAAGUACCCUCACAAGGAAGGCUCAUCUGAAUAUAGUGACAUGCACAGUAGAUGCUCAGGAAGUGUCCACCAUGGGUACCCACUGAACUGCUUAUGGGAGCAAGCCUGUAUCUAACCAGAUAAAGGCCGAGUACUUUUAAGUCAAGUCACCCUUCACUCAGGCUAGUCAUGACUCCCUGACUUGGUAACAUCCACUGAACCUUAGAAAAAGAAAUUGUUGAGAACCUUGAAAAAUUUGGCCCUGACCUCUCUGCUGUGGUUCCUUUUCUUGUCUCUUCCUGGUGAAGUAGUAACUCCCCUAAGUUGAGGCAUGCAUAUUUGAGUUUGAUCUGAGAGCUACCUUUCAUACAGUGUGUUCCCCACACACAUACAAAACUCUCUGCUUUAAAUAUUGGUCAGAGCUGUGGCAGUGCUCUUGCCUUUUCCUUCUGAUUCAGUCUUUUCUUCCAGGCAUGGGAAAUAAGAAUGACCUGUGGUAUAGGAAUACCCUACUGCGUGCGAGAUGAAUGGGUUUUAGAGUAAGCAUUUUGGUGGUAAGCUAUCAGCCGUUGGGAAUUGGGCAUUAGACAGAGACUGGCCUGUUACUAGUUGGUGGUGGAACCUUUCCAGAACUUAACAGAAAGAGGAUCUGAAAAAUACCAAUUUGAAAGAAGGGAAUUUAGAAAAAGGGACAUAUAGUGAUCUGUCGUAGAUUAUUCCUGUCAAGACUAGUAUUCAGGGGAGAAGGGGGUUGGGAGCUUGGAGCUGAGUGCUUAUGCCUGAGGGAGGAACCACAGAACAUCUGGACUGAUCCUUUGACACUUUGGGUCCCAGUUGAUCACACCAUGGGCUUUGAUCUGUGCUGCUUUGCCACUGCUGCUGUCUGUUCCCUGUCUUGCCUGCUUCCCAUUAUAGCUCCUGUCCAUGUCUUUGGCCAUGUAGAUUACACUCAGAUGUCCUGUCAAUUCUUAACCUGUGUUCUGCUGAUGUUACGGCAUAGCACAGUCACGUUGAAUAGGGAUGGUUUGAAACGCUGCUGGUGGGCUGGUGAAUCCAAAGGGGUAAGUGGCUUCAGUGCUGUCAGGAGUCCUUUGUCUCCAAAGAUCUGCCUCUGGAGAGAGAAACAAGCAGGUCCUGUCAGUGGUCAUUUUGUUAAAUUAACUUCUCUCCUUUGUGGUACCUUAUAUCCUGUUUUCAAAACGAAGAGGAAUCAUGUCAGGGCUGCGUCAACAGCCUAGUGAUGUUCAUCUAGCUCUAGUAACGUGGAUUCUGGGGUUGGGAAAAGUUUAAAGUUUGGCAGCUCCUCCACUUGGUUUUAUUUUUACCAGGGAGUAUCAUAGGCAUCUUAGGAGAAGCACAAGAUGGUGUUGGGAUUUAAACCUGCACCAAGUAGGCAUUUUGAAGAGUUGAGUGGUCACACUGGAGCUGAAGGUGAACAUUGGAAGAGGCCCAGGCUAUUGGAGUAAAUAACCAGGUUAACUACAUUGGCCAAGGGGGUUUAGGACAGUCUUAAAAGCAAAGUAAAUAGGACAGAGACCAAGUUUUAGAGAGAUGUCUUGACCUCCUAGGACUGAGUUUUCUAGACCAUACUGAAGCUACAGUACUUUCCAAAUCCUAAAGUGUACACUACAAUUCAAGAGCUGAAUUCUACUAGGUUGGAUGUUGAUUAGCCCUUGGCUGAAAGCCUUCAUCCUCUAGCUUCCCUAGGGUAGGAAAGGUCUCCCACAUUAUGCAAUAAUAAAAUAAGCAUCUGGGUCUUUGCAGCUGUCAGUUGCUCUUUCUACUCUAGGAUCUAUCUUUGGACCAGAAGCCUGGUCUGGGCCCAGGAUGACAUUGGCCCUUGAUGCUAGAGUUGGCUGCACUCUCUCCUUACCUGCAGACUAUGCACAGUUCCUGGGGCGGAAGGAGGAGAGGUGGUGUGGUUUUCCCUGCUGAGCUUCCUCAGCAGGAACAGUAAUAAUAAAUGCACUUUUCACACUAAGGUUUCUUUAUUAGUUCCUCUGUUACGCCUAGAUCCUCCUCAUGUAGACUGCAAACUCAAAGUGUUUGUGAUCCCAAAGCCAUUUCGCUGCAAACGCCUAGCAGUAGAGAUGGCCCCGGACUGGGUUCCUGUCUGCAGUGUGUCCGGCAACAGCCCAUGUGCCUUUACCUAAUGUCAAACUUGCAAGCAUUUAUUCUGUCUUUAUGUCAGGGGGACUUAGUUUCUUCCAAAAGAGAAAUGAUAACACAGUGGUUUUACACACACCCCCUGGCACCAGGGAGUUUGUAUGUAGUUGAAAGCUGUGAGGGUUAGUGAGCUGCUGAUAACAUGGAAGGCAGGAUGGAUCUCUCACUUGCUUCAUACAUGCACCGCACAGACUUUGCAUUGUAUUGGGGAAAAGACUGACUGUACUUAUGGCUAACGAAGUAUUAAAAUUUGGUUGUCCCCCACAAACCUAGUCACACAGGAUCCCUGUAGCCAAAACAGUAUAUGUUCCAGCUGCAGAGAGCAGAUUGCUCUCAGCUUGCAUAGCACCUUAGGGGAGGGAAGAAUAUAUGGAUAGGGAAUUGGGGUGGAGAAAGGAGGAUGGGAAUUUUGUCAUCCAGGUGGCUUUAGGGUCCUACAGAGAAGAGGACAGCACUGGGGAGGUCUGGAUGGAUCUGAUUUGUGUAGGAGUUCCCUGUAGAUAAAUUACUGAUCCCCCAACUACUAUCCCCAGUAUGUAAUGGCUGAAUUAAUAUGUAAUCAACUGCAUUGUAUCUAAAGCCUUAGAACUAGUCAGGUGCUCCUCCCACCCAAUACCAUUUCUUACCCUCUAAUCCUACCUGAUCUUUAACAAAGCAUUAAUAAUUCUAAGGAUAAUCUCUAUUUUGUUGUGCUUUUUUGUAACUGUUUUAAAUAAAUCAAUUUGUACUGUA